CAAAGCUCAAAAAUUUUAACCACUAUCAAAACAAAUUAUGCUUUUUGAGUAUAAUAUUUCUCAACUUUAUUACCCACCAAAGAAGAAUAUCUAAUUUUGCACCUACUAAUUUUCAGUACCAUCAAAAUUCACAAAUCACAAUUCACAAUUCACAAGGGUUUGAUUAAAAAGUUAAAUAGCUUCUUUUUUUCUCUUUGGCCAUAAAAAAUACUCCUUGUAUUUUCCCCAAUAAUUGUAUUGAAUUUUCUGAUCAAUAAAACUUUUGAUCUUUGAAAGAGAUGAAGAUAACUAGUUUAAAGCAACCCAUAAAAUCUUUCCUUAAUCCUGAUGUUGUGAGACACAAAUCUCAAAUACCCACAUCAAAAUAUGCUACCUUUUCCCCAAUAAUUACUCAAAAAUCCAAUCUUUUGAUCCAAAAACCACUUUUUAUUUCAAGUUUUGAUGUUAAAGGUUUGAUCUUUACAUCAAAUAAUAAUGGGUUUUUAAAAAAGAGAAAAUCUUUGAUCAAAUGUGAAGCUUAUGAGGCAGAUCAAUCAAAACCCAUUGAACAUGAAUCCCCAGAAAUUCCAGGAGAAGCUGCUAGAAAGAUCAAAAUCGGAAUUUAUUUUGCAACAUGGUGGGCUUUGAAUGUGGUGUUUAAUAUUUACAAUAAGAAAGUUUUGAAUGCCUUUCCUUUCCCUUGGUUAACUUCCACUUUGUCCCUUGCUAUGGGUUCUUUGAUCAUGUUGGUAUCUUGGGCAACUAGGGUUGUUGAGGCUCCUAAUACCGAUUUUGAUUUUUGGAAAGCCCUUCUUCCUGUUGCUGUGGCACAUACGAUUGGACAUGUAGCCGCCACAGUUAGCAUGUCAAAGGUAGCGGUUUCAUUUACGCACAUUAUUAAGAGUGCGGAACCUGCUUUUAGUGUGCUGGUCUCAAGUCUCAUUUUGGGCGAGUCAUUUCCCGCGGGGGUGUACUUGUCAUUGAUUCCCAUUAUCGGAGGUUGUGCGCUUGCGGCUGUCACUGAGCUUAACUUCAACAUGAUUGGUUUUAUGGGCGCGAUGAUAUCGAAUUUGGCUUUUGUUUUCCGUAAUAUAUUUUCAAAGAAAGGCAUGAAAGGGAAGUCUGUCAGUGGAAUGAACUACUAUGCCUGUUUGUCUAUACUCUCUCUCGUACUUCUCACCCCAUUUGCCAUUGCCGUGGAGGGUCCUCAAUUGUGGGCAGCGGGAUGGGAGACGGCUGUUUCUCAAAUUGGACCCAAUUUUAUCUGGUGGGUGGCCGCACAAAGUGUAUUUUAUCACCUUUAUAACCAAGUAUCAUAUAUGUCAUUGGAUGAAAUCUCUCCGUUGACAUUUAGCAUAGGGAACACCAUGAAACGUAUAUCCGUCAUUGUUUCCUCUAUCAUUAUUUUCCGAACCCCUGUCCAGCCGAUCAAUGCACUGGGAGCUGCCAUCGCUGUCCUCGGGACCUUCUUAUAUUCUCAAGUAAGUAUCUAUGUUUCUGAUCUGCCCUUCCUUUUUGUUUAUACGAAAAAUGAUGGUUUGCGAUAUUUGUUGAAGAUAUCGUCUUGACAUGCGGAUUAAGACUUGUUUUGCAGGUUUCUGUGAUCCUUGUGCUAAUUAAAUUACGCCAUCUAGAAAUAAUAGUUCUAUAUACUAGACUUGUUGAGAAUGUAGUAAUUGCGUAUGUACAAUAUAAAAAUAAUGAUUCUACCAAAUCCGAGCAUUCAAAGAAACAGUUUGAACGGAUUGAACAAGAAAUGCCCGUAACAGUUGUAUAUCCUUUUUGGUUAAUCAAACGAAAUUACGUGAUUAAACCCGAAAUUUGACUAUUUUUACUUCAUGAACAUACCAUCCCGCUGUUUUUAAAAUGGGCUGUUUUAGGUUGUUCAAUCUCCACCCCGCCAUUUACCUCUUCUCAGUUCUCUAGUUAUGAUAUACCUAAAAACUUCUUUUCUAGUCCUACAAAAGGCCAUCGUCCUAUAUUCUACUCCAUUUUUUUCUCCCAAAUUAUAACGGUCCCAAAAACUAGCACAAGAAUAGAACUAGGAAUAACCGAAUUAAUGUUUUUGGAUGAUAUAUGGAUGUACUGCUAUCAAACUUAUUUAUGAUAAAUACUACAUUCACUAUAAAUGUCAUAUGGCAUUGAUUUACACCUUAAGUAUCCAUUAAAUUCUCCUUACUCUUUUGGGUAUUUUUUUUACUUAAUUGAGAAGUCAUAAUAAAUGGAAAGCUCGGAGAAUUUGUUAAAACGGAGGAAGAAAAUGACGUUUGUUUCAUUUUGUGUGAUCAAUUUGUGAAGAUGUUUGAAGAAUGAACUUGGAAAGAAUCAAAUCGAGAAUUUUACAUGUGAAUUUAAUUGCAAACAACAAAGUUAAUGGAAAACAUAACGAGACAUUCAUUGCCAGGUAAGUCAAAUGUACCAAAUAUAAUUGUAGAAAACAGAUAACUUACCAAUAUAUUUAUUCAUUAUAUGCGAUGCAAAAAUGGUUUGCCCGACAUGAAGUAAAACAAAAUCGGAACUUUUUGAUUAAAGGUAGUGAAGGAAAAUAGCAUAGCAAUAAUUUUGUACAUAAGAUUUACCAGUGCAAAAUAUCUGCGACCUCACCGAACUGCAAUUGCAUCGUAAAGGUCUUUGAGUUUACUGUGACUGCAAUAUACGUUGUGAUGGUGCUUUGCCACACCACGACUGCAUCCAAGAUUUUGCACUAUGCUCCGCCCCUCUCUAGAAACUUCUCUUUUAUUAUGAAUUUACCGCUCUUACUUGAACUCUUAAACCAUAAACGGUUAUGAUUUCCUGCAGGCUAAACAAUGAGGGUUCCCGAUAUCGAAAUCCAAGUGGGACGAGUUCACACGGGAAAUUUGAUCGUGGGAGUGAAAAUCGAGCUAUUUCCUCCAAAGGGUUUUACAGCCACUGGAUUUUGAUAAGGUUGGUAUAGUAAUAUUAUGGUUUUGUAUUGUAGAUAGAUGAAUAGAAGUACUUGUCUUAAGGAGUUCGAUAAUAAUCACACAAGAAAGGAAGAAAUUUACAUCCAUGCUUUAAAAUGGCGGCUUUCUGCUUUCAUGUGGCUCAUGAAGGGUUAUCUAUCAAGAGUCUAAUAAAAACAAGUUUGUAAGCUCCUCUCGUCUUUUGGUGCAAAAAAUGCUGGUAUUUUACAUUUGUUGUUAUCUUUAUGCAUAUUCUCCCUUUCUUUCCUAUUAAUUUUGGUGUGUUCUUUUUGUAUUUUGUGAAAGGAUGUAUUUUACUUUAAUCACGUAAUUUUAAUUCUGAUUCUGAUUCGUUCCUUUUAUUUUACUAUGUUUGAAU